UAUGUCAAAGCCCCCAGAAAAUGUUUGUGGCAGAUAAGGUAUAUCUAAAAAACGCCGUCUAUUGUAUAAGUCGUUUAUUAUUAUUUGCGAAGAACUUUUCGAAAUGUGGCCAGGGUAAAUACAAUUUGAUUUAUUUCAAAUAUGUAAGUUAAUAAAGCUAAUUUUAUAUAAAAACCCAUUGAAAUUUUUAAAAAUCCAGACACUCUUAGAAGUAUUCUUUAGCAUAAAGCAUUAAACCUCAAUUCUGAAAAUGAUGAAGAUCUUUGUAUUUUUCUUGAUUGCUGCUGCUGGUCUGAUUUAUAUCUCCUCGGCCGCUAACAUUGAUAUAUGUCAAUUGGAACAUUCUGCUGAUGGUUUUAAUGGAACAGCUUGUUUGGCCUAUUUUCCAUCUUAUUCCUACAAUGCCGAGACUGAUGAGUGUGUACAAUUUAUUUAUGGAGGAUGUGGCGGAAAUGCAAAUCGUUUCGAUACCUUGGAAGAAUGUACCGGAACUUGUAAAAGAUGAAGUAUUUAAUAUAAAUUUCUAUAAAUAAUAUUUUUGGAAUAUUUGGUUAUUAAAUGGAUAAUAAAUUAUUAAAAAGGACUAUGUCUAUCCAAUACUAAAAAAUAAGAAGUAAGCAAAGACCCUACUAUACCAUACAACACUAUAUGUCCAAUGGUCUUUCAAAAUUCUAGACUUCUGGCAUGUCCUUAACUUCAUGCAAAAUUCCAUGUCGAUUGGUGUUUAAUUGUGACCUGUAGAGCAGGAAAUUCAGCAAAUUUUGAAUAUAAUACCCCCCAAAAAAGUGUUGUAAGGUGAGAAAAAUAUUGCAAAAUGUACAAUUCAAUAUUGUAAGAGAAAUUGAAAAAAUCUCAUGCGAUAAA